CCGCCGCCGAUGAACCGAACGAACGCAUUCUCGCGCGGCCGGCGUCGCCCUCAGGCGCACGGCGCGCUCGGCGCCGCGCUCGGCGCCGCGGCGCUCCUCAACCCCGCGCUCGCGUAUUUUCGCGAACCCCCCCAACCGAGCGCGAAGCCCAAGCCGAAGCGCCUCGCUCACGCGCUGCUGGGCUGGAUCGUCGUCAUCGGCGGCGGCGCGAACGUGGUCCUCGGGAGACACGCCGCGGCGGAUUCAAAGUACGACGACGUCCUCGACGAGAACGUCUCGCUCGCGCAGGAGGCGGCGGGGUGGACGAUCGCGGCGGUGGGCGUCGUCGGGCUCCUCGCGUCGAUCUCUUCGCGCGGCGGCGGCGGCGGGCGGCGACGGUUCACGUCUAGCGACGGUUUGAAUUCCAAUUCCAAUUCGGAGACGACGACCGCGUGGCCGUCGAUGACGAAGGAGGACGUCGCGCGAUGCGAGCUGUAUUUCGACCACGUGCGCGACGACGGAGCCGGAGCCGGAGACGGAGACGUCCCGCGCGCGAGAGAGAGUCGCGUCGUGGAGUUUCUCAUGAAGUCCGGCCUCCCGCUCGCGACGCUCCGAGACGUGUGGACGCACAUAGAGGCGGAGACGGACGCGGACGGCGGCGUCGCCCGCAUCGCGUUUUCCAAGGCGUUUUACCUCGCGGAGAUCGCGACGAGAGGCGCGACGAUACCGCCGCGGGAGGAUCCGACGGAUUCGAAGAUCCCGUGGCCGCGCGUCCUCGCGGAGCUCGAAUCUGACGAAUCCGAUCGCGACGAGCGAUGGCCCGCUAUGACCACCGAGGACGCGGCGCUCAAGAUGCGCGCGUUCGACGCGUUGGCGCGUCGCGCCGGCUCCGGCACCGGCGACGCCGCGGCGACGCUCGAACCACGCGUCGCGAGAGACGUCUUCCUCGAGUCCGGCCUCCCCGAGAGCGUUCUCGCCGACGUCUACGACGCCGCGGACGAGGACGGAGACGGCGAGCUGUCGCUCUACGAGUUUUCGUGCGCGAUGUACCUCGUCGAGCGCGCGACGAGAGGCUGCGCGCCGCCGCCGUCGGCGUCCGCGCUGCCCGUCGAGACCUUCGCGAGCGUGCGCUCGGCCAUCGAACGAAGACGUUCCAAACCAAGAAGUUAA